AUGAAAAACCCAUUGCAGGUGGGGCCGAUUCGGCAAUUACAGCAAGAUGACCGUUUGGAGCUUGUAGAAGCCGAUCUAUUGAAGCCAGACGGAUGGGCGAGCGUUGUUUCUGGAUGUCAAUAUAUUCUACAUAUCGCUUCACCUUUUCCUAUUGUUGCUGAUGCUAAAUGUAUUGAUAUUGCUGUUAAUGGGACAUUGAAUGUCCUCAGAGCAGCUUCUAAGGAACCGACGGUGAAAAAAGUUGUGCUUACUAGCAGCUGCGCGGCUGUCAAC